CGCUCUUGACUUUUGUCGGACGUUUGUUUUCUUCCAAGGGUUCAACAUGUCCUCAGUAAGGUUGCUCCUAUCUUGUCUGCUUGUCAAAGAGGUUGUUGCACUGUCAGGGAACUUCUGGCACAUCACAGAUCUGCACUGGGACCCGACAUACAAACUGAGCGAUGAUCCUGAACUGGUAUGUGCAUCAAGUGGCAAACGACCUGCAGCCAAUGCUGGGAGAUUUGGAGCCUAUGCUUGUGACUCUCCAUGGCUCCUUAUAAACUCCUCUGUGUAUGCCAUGAAGGAUAUUCUGCCAGAUCCAGACUUCAUCGUAUGGACAGGAGAUGACACACCACAUGUACCCAAUGAGGAUCUGGGAGAAGAAGCCGUGCUCAACAUUAUCAGCAACCUCACCCACAUUAUAAAUCAGGUCUUUCCAAACACUAAAGUGUACUCUGCCCUGGGUAACCAUGACUACCACCCUAAGAGCCAGCUUCCUGGAGGCCCGAACAACAUCUAUACCCGAACAGCAGAGAUGUGGCAAGACUGGUUGGAUCCAGAGUCCCAAGGAACAUUUCAAAAAGGUGGUUAUUACACAGAAAAGCUGCUGAAUCGAACAGGUUUCAGGAUGCUGGUCCUCAACACUAAUCUCUACUAUGACCAGAACAAGGUGACCCAGGACAUGGACGACCCAGCGGGCCAGUUUAGCUGGGCGGACCAGGUCCUCACAGAGGCCGCCAACAACAAAGAAAAGGUGUACAUCAUUGGCCACGUUCCCCCGGGUUUCUUUGAGAAGAAGAGAAGUAAGCCGUGGUUCACGUCUACAUUCAACAAGCUAUACGUGGAUUUAAUUCAGAAGCAUCAUUCAGUCAUAUAUGGACAGUUCUUUGGUCAUCAUCAUACCGACAGCUUCCGAAUGUUCUACGACUCAGAGGGGUCUCCUAUCAGUACGAUGUUCCUCAGCCCAGGUGUCACACCGUGGAAAACAACACUUCCUGGCGUCGUGGAUGGAGCAAACAACCCUGGGAUUCGUGUCUUUGAAUAUGACACCCAAACACUCCUGGUCAAAGAUGUAGUGACCCAUUAUUUGAACCUGACGCGUGCUAACGCGGCCAACGGACGCUGGGAGAAGGAGUAUCGCUUCACAGAGAGUUUCAGAGUACCAGACGCCUCCCCGGCCUCCAUGCAUCAGGCUCUGGAGCGCAUAGCUAGUGACCGCUGCUACCUACAGAAGUACUACGAGUUCAACUCGGUCAGCUAUGACCUGACAGAGUGCAACAGUGACUGCCGUGUCGACCACGUAUGUGCAGCCAGAGAGGUAGACUUUGAGAGGUAUGAACACUGUCUGGAGAAAGAAGGAGCAGCUGCCAUUUACGGUGGGCUGCUGCCGGUCCUUUCCGUGGCUGUAAGUCUGGUGCUGGCCAAUCGGUAAUGAUAAUCUAUCCAUCACAGAUGAUGUUUAAAAUAUAUUAUUGAAGCUUCAGGGAGUCAUUGGACAGAAAAAC